AUGGCUUUUUCGGGCCUCGUCCUGCGUAUCUUGUUCACCAUCACCUGCGGUGUUUCGUACCUUCUCUAUGGAUACGACCAAGGCUUUAUGUCUGGUGUCUUAAUCGCCGACGACUAUCUCGUGCAGAUGGGCUACCCCUCGACGUUCAUGCAGGGUUUCAUUACAAGUAUCUACGAGCUCGGCUGCCUGGCGGGGUGUCUCGCCAGUUUCGCAUUCAGCGAGAAGUUUGGGCGUAAGAAGCCGCUGCUAGUCGGGACUACGCUUGUCAUUGUUGGUGCUGUGCUCCAGGCCGCGGCCUAUGAGCGGAUACAGUUCAUGCUUGGCCGCGUCGUUGGCGGCAUUGGAACAGGCCUUAACACGUCUAUCAUUCCCAUUUGGCAAGUUGAAACUCUUCCGGCCAAGACCAGAGAGCGAUUCGGAUCGUUCCAAUACCUGCUCGUCUGUUUCGGCGCCAGCGUCUCCUACUGGAUGAACUAUGGCCUUUCGUACGCUGGCGGACAGAUCGAGUGGCGUCUUGCCGUGGCCGCUCAGAUCGUCUUUGCGUUUGCCCUCAUUGCCAUGGUUCCUUUCAUGCCCGAGUCGCCUCGAUGGCUCAUGGCGCAUAAUUACCCCAGCGACGCAAUCGAGGCCCUGCUUCGUAUGCAUGGUGUGACGGAUGCGAACGACGCCGAAACCCAGACCGAGAUCAGGUUGAUAAAUCAAGCUAUCGAGCUUGAAAGCAUGGCGCAAUCGGUUGGGUGGAUCGAACUGUUCCAGAAUAAACCCAAUACUCAGAACUUGCGCAGGGUUGCUCUCGGUUGGUGGCUCAUGGCAAUGGUGAUGCUCAGCGGUGUCUGCUCCAUCGGCUAUUACAUCUCGUACCUCUUUGAAACUUCCGUCGGGCUCUCGCACAACCUCUCGCUGCUCCUAUCCGGAUUCAACGGAUUAUGGUACAUGGCAUCCGCCCUCAUUCCUCCAUACAUCAUCGGACGAGUCGGCAAGCGCGGCUGCCUGAUGAUCGGAGCCUUCGGAAUGGGCAUCUGCUUCCUGACGAUGGCGCUCGGAAUCCGAAGCGGCUCGUACGGUGCUUCAAUCGUCGUCGUCAUCGCCUUCUUCCUGUACUACACAUUUUUCGCCAUCGGCUACCUCGCCGUGCCCUGGCUGUACUGCGCUGAGAUCAUGCCUCUGCACCUCCGUUCAAAGGGUAACGCGGUUACUACGUCGUCGAAUUGGGUUUGGAAUUUCGCCACCGUUAUGAUGACGCCGAGCACUAUGAGUAGCCAGGGGUGGAAGGGUUACCUGAUCUUUACCGUCUUCAACUUCGCCUUCAUACCGUUCAUCUACUUCUUCUAUCCGGAGACGACGGGGCGCAGGUUGGAAGAGAUUGAAGCCAUCUUCUACAGGACAAGUCCUAUCGUGGCUGGUACCCAGUGGGCAAAGAAGGGACGCUUCGAGGCGGAUGGAUUGGAGCACGCUUUGGAGGUAGAGUACACUGGUACAGAGAAGGGUGGUAUAGAGGGGGAGGUUGUGCGUAUGGAGAACGCUUAG